AUGGUUCACUGUGCGGGCUGCAAAAGGCCAAUCUUGGACCGGUUUUUGUUGAAUGUACUGGACAGGGCUUGGCAUGUGAAGUGUGUUCAGUGCUGUGAAUGUAAAUGCAAUUUGACAGAGAAAUGCUUUUCGCGAGAAGGCAAGCUUUACUGCAAAAACGACUUCUUUCGGUGUUUCGGGACCAAGUGCGCGGGCUGUGCCCAGGGCAUCUCCCCCAGCGACCUGGUCCGCAGGGCGCGGAGCAAAGUGUUCCACUUGAACUGUUUUACGUGUAUGAUGUGUAACAAGCAGCUCUCCACCGGCGAGGAGCUUUAUAUCAUAGACGAAAACAAGUUUGUCUGCAAAGAAGAUUACCUAAAUAACAGCAAUACUGCCAAAGAAAACAGCCUGCAUUCAGCCACCACCGGCAGUGACCCCAGCCUGUCCCCGGACUCCCAAGACCCUUCCCAGGACGACGCCAAGGACUCGGAGAGCGCCAACGUCUCCGACAAGGAGACGGGCAGCAACGAAAACGACGACCAGAACCUGGGGGCCAAGCGGCGGGGCCCCCGCACCACCAUCAAAGCCAAACAGCUAGAGACUCUGAAGGCCGCCUUCGCGGCCACCCCCAAACCCACGCGGCACAUCAGGGAGCAGCUGGCGCAGGAGACCGGCCUCAACAUGCGGGUCAUCCAGGUGUGGUUCCAGAACCGGCGCUCCAAGGAGCGGCGCAUGAAGCAGCUGAGCGCGCUGGGCGCCCGCCGGCACGCCUUCUUCCGCAGCCCGCGCAGGAUGCGGCCGCUGGUGGACCGGCUGGAGCCCGGGGAGCUCAUCCCCAACGGGCCCUUCUCCUUCUACGGAGAUUACCAGAGCGAGUACUACGGCCCUGGAAGCAAUUACGAUUUCUUCCCGCAAGGACCUCCCUCCUCGCAAGCUCAGACGCCGGUGGAGCUGCCGUUCGUGCCCUCCUCGGGGCCGCCGGGCACGCCGCUGGGCGCCCUGGAGCACCCCCUGCCCGGCCACCACCCGUCCAGCGAGGCGCAGCGCUUCCCCGACAUCAUGGCCCACCCGCCCGGAGACUCGCCCAGCCCCGAACCCAACCUGCCCGGGUCCUUGCACUCCAUGUCCGCGGAAGUUUUUGGCCCCAGUCCUCCGUUUUCAUCGCUAUCCGUCAACGGUGGUGCUAACUACGGCAAUCACUUGUCACAUCCACCCGAAAUGAACGAGGCGGCCGUGUGGUAG